AUGUCCAAUGUCGACAUUUCCCUCGGGGAUGGUAUUCUCCCAAAUUUGAUCAUCCUAUUCUUCCUAUCUGUACUUUUUCUUGCUCUGAAAACACUGAAAACACCAAUCAAUCCCAAGGGAUGUCGUCGCCUAGGACUUCCGCCAGGCCAAAGCAACCUAGACGAUGAGUUCGACCCUAAGUAUAGCCAGGGUCAACCCAGCAACAAAGAUGAGCACGGCCGCCCAUCCUGGCGCGUAAAAGCACUGUUCAGUUACCCGCUCAAAUCCUGUGGUGCGGUCGAGCUACAAGUCUCAAACGUCGUAUCCACCGGGCUUGAAUUUGAUCGCCAAUUCGUCUUUGCAGGGUACAACAACGAUGAAUGGAACAUUCGCACCCUGCGCAAUGCAGGCUUCAAUCGCCUAGCCUUGAUCCAUCCCGAGAUCUGGGUUCCUGACCCGUCUGCCCCAGAUUAUGACGCAAACCUGCCGGAAGUCAAAUCGCAGGGUGUGCUGUUGAUAUCGUACCCACGAAUGCCGCCAGCAGGAUGGAAGGGUCUACCCAUCAAGGUCGGCAUGGCACUCAAGUUCCUCAAAAGCCAGCAGAAAUUCCAAGUCCCGCUGCUUCCACCCGCGGACUCCAACUUCCCACUAGUCCCAGUCAAGAUCUGGAAAGACAAGCCUCUGGCCCAUGACUACGGCAGACUGCUCCCAGCAUCGUUACACGCAUAUCUAGAGUCCGACCCCUCAAAAAACACCCUGACACUCUUCCGUGCCAGUGCACCCCAUUCGCGGCAGAUCUUCCGUAACGCACCGCGCAAAGCAGACCUAGGCUUCCAGCCAAAUACAGCCUUCGCAGACGCAUAUCCAAUCCACUUGCUCAACAUCUCCAGUCACCGGGAUGUUGCAGCACGCUGCGCCUACGCAAUCCCGCGACUAAGCAUCCGCCGCUUCCGCGCAAACAUCAUCGUCCAAGGCCCGUCUGCUUUUGAGGAAGAUCACUGGAAGCGGCUUGCUAUUGGCGGCACGGAGAUCCACGCUUCUUGCCGAACUGUUCGGUGCCGACUACCCAAUGUUGAUCCUCUUUCUGGGGAUAGACAUAAGGUUGAACCGGAUCGGACACUGAAAUCCUAUCGGCGGAUUGAUGAUGGGGAUCGGACUAAUGCGUGUUUGGGGAUGCAGCUUGUUCCUGCAAAAGAGGAGUUUGUAAUGAGAGUUGGGGAUUCCGUUGAGGUUCUUGAGACCGGGGAGCACCAGUAUGUUAAGAUGCUGGCUCCUGGGGAGAAGGUUGAGGGGGUGUAG